UCACCUGACUUGCAGUGCCGUUGUCUUCUAGGUAGAACGGGUAGCCACUGAAGACAGCACAGCCUCUCAGCUUCACAGAAGUCAUGUCAUAAGGAGAAGACUACAUGAGAAAAUCCUGGACGCUUCACCACCGUCAUCCCAGAUGAAUCUUCACCGAGACAAUGGGUCCAGAUUAAUGAAUUAUAGCCAGUCAGCAGAAGAUUACAGACAACUGUCCGUGGACUACAGUGACUCUAACAGUAUUUCAGAAAGUACAUCUUUGAUACUAUCUAACCAAGGACACAGGAAAGGGAGAGUUACGCAGACACACAGGUCAUGGGACCCCACCCUUAGUGAAUCAAGGACACAAAGCAGUUACAAACUCUUCAUAAACAGGUCGGUCAGUGCUGUAGAAGAAAUCCCCGGUGGAGCUCACAAGAACAGCAGGCACAAUCUGCUGAGUUUAGGUUCCACCUUCUCCGUGUCUACAAAGGAUUACACAGCAGCUGCUGCAUCACAGAAAUGUUUGUUCCAAAGGAAGGAAAAGUUUUCAGGUCCAGAAUUUAUUAUUCUGUCUAGUGAACCACCAGUGACCUUACAGCUGCCUGGAUCAAUUGUGACUAAAAAGGGAAAAUCCUAUUUGUCCCAAAGGGAUCUCAAUGUGAUUCUACUCAACGGGCAGUGCCUUGAGGUGCAAUGUGACGUGAAGUCCAAGGCAAGAGAUGUUUUCAAUACUGUGGUGGCAUAUGCAAACUUGGUGGAACAUUUCUACUUUGGCUUGGCUUACCUGAAAGGUAAAGAGUUUUUCUUUUUGGAUGAUGAUACCAAGCUCUACAAAGUGGCUCCAGAAGGCUGGAAUGACCAACCCAAGAAGAAAACCUCCAUCAUUAACUUCACUCUAUUUCUGAGGAUAAAAUUCUUUGUAAACCACUUUAAUAUCAUCCAGCAUGGCUUGACAAGACAUCAGUUUUACCUGCAGCUUCGUAAAGAUAUUUUGGAGGAGCGAUUAUACUGCAGUGAUGAGACUGCCCUGAAACUCGGCGCUUUGGCCUUACAGGCAGAGCUUGGCAAUUAUGCUUCUGAGGUACAUGGAAAGAGCUAUUUUCGUGUUGAAGACUACAUUCCAGCAAGUCGAAUAGAGAAAAUGACCCUGGCCUAUGUACAGCGAGAGCUUGCUAAACUACACCGUAUGAAUCGCUCCCUAUUUGAGGACGAAGCUGAACUAGAAUUUUUGAAGGUGACUCAGCAGCUUCCUGAAUAUGGAGUGCUAUUCCAUCGUGUGUCCCAGGAGAAGAAAGGAGCAGGAGGGGAUAUCAUCCUGGGAAUCUGUGCCAAAGGCAUCAUUGUAUAUGAGGUCAAAAAUCACACAAGAAUUGCCAGUUUAAGAUUCCAGUGGCGUGAAACAGAAAGAAUUUCAGCUCAUAGAAAAAAAUUCAUGAUUGAAAGUAGUUUCAGCGGCAAGAAACACACAUUCAUUACUGAUACAGCAAAGACGUGUAAAUAUCUGCUGGACCUCUGCUCAGCCCAACACAAAUUCAAUGCACAGAUGAACUCUAGGCAACUUCGGCAAACUUCAUCAGAGGAAAGUAAAUUUAUGGAAAUAGACAAAUCAAACUCUGCAUAUGCAGCUCAGCAUGAGCACCUUGCCCUGAUUCAGAGACUGUCUCGUUCAGAGAACGUGCUGUAUGGGGCAAACCUGGAAAACCUUUCUGCUGGCAUGAUGAGCAAGUCUUGUGAUAACCUCAGUGUUGAAACCGGCAACAGGACUAGAGACAAAAGCAAUCUUGCCAGAUCCACAUCAGGGCUAUCCCAGUCAGAAAUGCACAUCAAUUUGAAUGGAAAGCAAAGGAGUUAUGACUACCUUUCUAUCCACUCAACUCAGAACACAAUCAGUGCACCUGGAUCACCAGCCAUUCAAAAAGAAGUUUUACUAAGCGGUCUAGAAAGAGAAAUCAUUUGUGUCAGCCUAAAACGUGACCCUAAGAAUGGCUUUGGUUUUGUAAUUAUUGGAGGAGAAAAUGUAGGAAAAUUAGACCUCGGUAUCUUUAUCGCUUCAAUUAUCCCUGGGGGACCUGCAGACAGAGCUGGAAAUAUCAAACCAGGGGGUCGACUCAUCUCUGUGAAUAAUAUUAGUCUUGAAGGUGUUUCAUUCAAUACUGCAGUUAAAAUUAUACAGAAUUCUCCUGAUGAAGUGGAGCUGAUCAUCUCUCAACCCAAAGACAUAUACGAAGAAGGAUUAAAUGAAGAAAAGAGUCUAUCAAGGGGAAACAGCACUAGUGGAUAUGAGAUCUCUUGUGUAGACAGUGGGAGAAAAAAGAUUCAAGAUUGCCAUACAGCUCUCCCCAAAGAAAAGGACCCAAAUAUAGAUGAACUUGAGAAGGCUCUUUCCUGGAGUUUAGCACCAAAAUUGGGCCCCAGGAUUCCAGUUCUUUCAUCUGAUAGCCUGGAUGUGGAGGAAGCUGAUUCUUCACACUUACCACAUCCAGCUGAAACCAUCUCCAAUGAAAUCUAUACUGUAGAGCUUGUUAAAGAAGAUGGGACUUUUGGAAUCAGUGUGACUGGUGGAAUUAACACUAGUGUGCCUCUUGGUGGGAUAUAUGUGAAGUCAAUCAUUCCCAGGGGACCGGCAGAUAAGGAUGGACAAAUAAAGAUAGGUGAUCGUCUGCUGGAAGUAGAUGGAAUCAGCCUCUGUGGCCUCACGCACAAGCAGGCUGUGGAAAACCUUAAGAAAUCUGGCCAGGUUGCCAAGCUGGUUCUAGAACGGGGACACCACCCACCGGCACAGCCAUGCCUGAGUGCUAAUGAUGGAAAGGAAGACCAAUGUGCAGUUGUUUCUGUAGCAACAUCCUUCACAGACGGUACCAAGGACUACUGCUUUUUGACAGAUGACAAUAUAUUUGAAGUCAAAUUGACAAAGAAUUCUGGAGGCCUUGGCUUUAGUGUUCUGCAAAUGGAAGGAGAUGGCUGUGAACACCUCGGAGGAGUUAUUGUCAGGAUCAAAAGACUGUUUCCAGGGCAGCCAGCUGAAGAGAAUGGAGAAAUUGAAGUUGGAGACAUCAUUUUAGCCGUGAAUGGGACAUCUACACAAGGACUCUUUUAUCAGGAUGUCCUACACUUGUUGAGAGGAGCUCCACCAGAAGUCAUACUACUUCUCUGCAGACCACCAAAAGGUGUUCUUCCAGAAAUAGAGCAGUGUGUCCCGACUCCAGCACCAUCUCCUGUUAAGGAGUUUGUGGCAGAGAUGCCAGGCAGUCCAGAGGCAGGAAAUAGUUUGGACCGGUCUACCAGUGAUGGAGGUAGCACCUCUCCAGACCUCGAAGAUUGUUUGGAUUCUCCAGUGGCAGCAGAUUUCAGUGAGCCUCCAGAAGAAGACAGCUCAACUUACGAAGAGCAAGAAGCAGAGUCUCAAGAUAUGUCCAUACAGAGACUUAUGCCUCCUAGGGAAAGUUCCUAUAAAGACCUUUGGAAAUUUCAUCAAGAAGCUGCCAGUUCUGAAGCGUUCCACUCCCUGGAGGAAGAAGUGAAGCAGAACUGCUACUCACCAUGUGAACUUGGAUGUGCUGAAAGCCCUGUAUUUAAUAAGGGUGAUGAUGACCUGUCGAACAGAAACUGUAUGCCUGAAAUUCUCUCUCUAACCCCUAUUGAUGAAGAGCAUCUUGCCAUCAGCUCAACAUCUGUGACCUCACUUUCACGUGGAGGAAGCUCUGAGACACUCUCCGCAGCCUUGGUGACACCACAACCACGCGUUUGUGGCCCUUUCUCCUCAUCCCUGCCUGCUAGAGAUACACAUGGCAGUGACAAUGAAUGGGAAGACGUGGAGGAACCAGAGGAAGAGAAGGACAAAAAGGAGGAUUGCACUAGGGAAAUGGAGGUCUUUGUGACUUUGACAAGGUCAGAGAACAAUGGUUAUGGAUUCUCAGUGGUUCUUAACAAAGUGGACAACUGUCUGUAUGUUGAUGAAAUCUUGCAUGAGCCUGCCCUGUCUGAUGGAAGGCUGAGAAGGGGAGACAGACUCAUUAUGGUGAAUGGAAUCGAUGUCACAUCUUUACCAUGCAACGAAGCCCUGACUUUACUGCACAACUCUCCUCCUGAUCUGCACCUUGUGGUUGGCCGUGCUGGCAGCGAUCCAUGUCCUGCUGUUAGGCCAGAUGACAUUCCUGAAAUUACUCUCACAAAAGGUGCCAACGGACAGCUAGGCUUGAAGCUGACAGGAGGAGCUGGAAGCAAGUUACAAGGUAUUUAUGUGCUAGAGAUAGUGCCUGGCUCCCCUGCCAGUGUGGAAGGCAGUUUGCAGCCACGAGAUCAGAUUCUGUACAUCUGUGGGCUGUGGACUGAGGGCAUCAGCCUGGAUGAUGCAGUGAGAGUGUGUGAAGCUGCCACCCAGAAUGUCCAAAUCAAAGCAACAAGAAAUGGCAAUCCAGUGGUUCCUAUAGACCAAGAAAAUAAGUUUACAUUCCCUUGGAUAUAUGAAGCUGAGCGGGAGGUCUGUCAGAACAAACCUACAUGUAUGUUUUUAGGGCCACCUGCUGAGACAGAAAAAGCCAAUAUUUCUCUCUCAAAUGAAAACCUGAACUCCCAAGAACAGCAACUACCACAUCAACAUGAGGAACAUCUGAAAGAAACAAACUGUGGUACUCAGCAAAGCACUCCUGACCCCCCAGAAUGCCAGGACUUCAUUAUUAAGAUUGAAUUGGAAAAAGCAGAAAAUGGAAGCCUAGGAUUUGCACUAGUAGGCGGCAGAAAUGGCAGGGCUAUCCUAAUAAAAGCCAUCAGCCCAGACAGCAUUGCAGAUCUGGAUGGGAGGCUUCGAGUUGGUGACAUCUUACUUAAGGUGAAUGACACUUUAGUGUCUGGUUUACCACGCCAAACCGUUAUAGAUUUGCUGCGCAAGGCUCGAGGAACUGUUCAACUCACAGUUUGCCGAAGCGUGGCUUCACGUGCAGCUUCUUCAGGCAACCAGAGCAAUAACGUACCUUCCCCUCCAAACAUAAAAGCAGAGCCCAAUGACAACAGUUCUGAGAGAAGCCUAGGAGCACAGCCUGUUUUCACUUUCAAGGAAGAAGAAUCCAGCCAGAUGUGCAGCAAGGGUCCAGAAAGCAUGCACAGUUUCCCUCUGCAACGACAAUUGGAUGGACAAGACUAUCAGGAUAUCAUCAGUAACACUUCAGACAGAUCACAGAAAUGUGCAGGAUGUGAAGGUUGCAGAAGACAGAGUCAGCAGUCUGAGUCAGACAGCUGGAACAAUGAAGACGAUGAUAUGCCUCACAGGAUUUCCAUCCUACCUAGAAGCAGAGCCUUUGUUUCUGAAGAUGAACUGAUUCACUUAAUUAAUUUUAAACCAUCACUGACUGGAGUAUGUCCAAGGACUGGUGUUAGAGGUCUUAUUCGAGGCCUUCAGACACGGAUUGAGAAUCAAGAGGUGUUGAAAGAGUUUAUGGCUUUAGAACAUGUGAAACCAACAGAAGACUGCAGAACUGGCAAAGCACAAGAGAACAGGGAUAAAAACAGAUAUCAAGAUAUUCUUCCAUAUGAUAAGACACGAGUUCCUCUGGGAGAAAACAAAGGCUACAUUAAUGCAAGUUAUAUUAGAAUGAAAGUUGGAGAAGAGGAACAUUUCUUUAUUAUAACCCAAGGCCCUUUGCCUUCCACCAUGGCGGAUUUCUGGCAGAUGAUUUGGGAGAGUGAGUCAGAUGUGAUUGCCAUGAUGACGAAAGAAGUGGAGCUAGGAAAAGUGAAAUGUCAUCGAUACUGGCCUGAACCUCCACAUGAUUCCAUAGACUUAACUAACUUCCAUCUCAGGCUAGACAGUCACCAGAUUCUGGAAUACUUCAUAGUUAGAAUAAUAGAAAUGAUCAACAAGCAGACAGAAGAAAAACGAAUUAUAAGGCAUUUGCAGUUUACCACUUGGCCAGACCAUAAUACACCCAAACUGGCUGAGCAGCUUGUAAAAUUUAUUUGCUACAUGAGAAAAGCCCACAGGACAGGACCUAUUGUUGCUCACUGUAGUACUGGGAUUGGAAGAAGUGGAGUUUUGCUGUGUGCUGAAAUCCUGCUGAGCUAUAUUGAAAAAGAUCUAUGCUUCAACAUUAAGCACAUAGUGAGAGAUUUGAGAGAGCAGCGUUUUGGCAUGAUCCAAACUAAGGAUCAGUAUCUAUUCUGUUAUGAAUUUGUUCUGGAAGUCCUUCAGAAACUUCAAGCAAUGGAUUCCUAUUGACUGCAACAUUUCUCUUCACUGUUGCUAUCCCCCUUGGACUCCAGGGGACACUCAGCAAUUGCUUUAAAGGGACGUCAAGCCAGCACAGACAAGUGUUACACAACAUGCUCUGUCAGAUUGCUCGGAUUUCUAAGAAAUUUAAAAACCUUGCUUAACAUCCCCUUGGUAAAUCUCGGCAUACAGUUUGGAGAAACAGCAAGCCACAAAUGCAACACUGCUGUUAAAUUGUCAUGGACACUUUGUGUGUUCUGUUGAAUAAUAUAUUAAUUAUUAGGAAAAUAUUUUUGUACUAUGACAACGGGGCAGCAGCCUUUUAAAGUAGCUUUACUAUUCAGAGGCCAACUAAAGAGAUCGGAGACUGCUGGUUUUGCUGGAAGAUUAGUUGUCCCUUACAUACAGUUGUGCACUGCUGGCUUCUGGACAGCAAAUCAGUAUUUUUUUUUAAUCAUGCUUUUGUGUGGAAGGACUCAGUUUGGUUACUUGUGGUUGUUUGAACAAUGUGGAACCAUUUCCAGUCAUCACUCCAGCACAGGAAUUUAAACCACCAUCACUGGACAUCUUAAAUCAAGAAACUGAUAGAAAAAUAGGAUACCUUUAACCUUUAGCUAUCUGUCUUCAAAGCAACAAGAUAGUUCUAAUAUCUGGACGGGAUAUUAAUAUUUUCCAGCAAUAUGAGCAGCUGUAGAUAAGGUCAGUAUUCUUCUAUUCCACAUCCAUGUAAAAAGGAAUGCAAUACAAAACCAAAUGAAAUGACUGUGUGUGUCUUGUGGCAUACAUACAUUUCAUCUUCCAUUAAACCUUUCCAUUGAUUAACUAUCUUGUAAUUCCCACCUACGCACUGAACAAAUCUAUGGGAAGUCCCAUUGGUUUCUUUAAAUUAGAGUAAAUAACUCUCUGUACAGAUUAUUACUCUUGUAAAAAAAGUUUUUUUGUUAGUGUGAGCUUGGAUUUGAGCAGAAAUCUACUGUUCGCAUUUGUAAGAUUGUAGCUGUUUUCUAUGUGAGUACUUCUAAUACCUUUAUCUAGAAGAUGGUGUAUAUGGAAGCAGAAUUUUUAGAUGUGCAUUGGAAGAGUAACUUUAAAACACAGGAAAUUAUAACUGCACUUAUUUAACUGAAUUGUACAUAUUUUAAAACUUCCUUGAUUUCAGGAGAUAUGAAGAAGCAUUUGAUUAUAAAAUUGCAGUAGAAACAAGACAAUAAAAUAGCUGUUUAUUUUCACUAUGGAUGAGAGAUUUAUGUUUUGAAAGAAUGAGGAAUUAAACAAAUUAAAAGUAUGGCUUUUGGAAAAAGCCAUUGUAAAACAAUUAUAAUAAAAGCCCAGAGCCAUGUUUUGCUUUCUGCCCUCAUAUAGUCUGUUGGAAGUGAGGAAAAGAUAUAAAUGGAAUUUAUGAUGUGAGCCAGACACUAAUUUCAAACAUACUGAUAGAGAUCCAAAGUAACUUUAAAUCAGUGAAAUAAACCUGGAACUGUAUCAGUAUAAAUAUAAGCAGAGUUUAAUGAUUUGUCUUAAAUUAACUGAAUUUGAGCCUUCUAAGAAGCAUUACUCUCCACACAUUCUGAAUACACUACAUUUAUGUUGCAUAUAGAGGAUUAUUUGCACAAUUUUGUCCAGUAUCUUCAGCCAAAUUUUUAUUCAUCUUGUUGUUACCUCCGUUUGCUAUUUGGCCUUUCGCUUUGGUUUUGAUUACUGUACAUGUACUUCUAUGCAAGAUAACACUGCACACAAAUGCACAAUUCACUUUUUGUACCAUGGCAACUUUAAAAAGCUUCUCAGUAAAAAUAUUUCUGUACUUCUUGCAAAGGUGUCUUUUCUGUAGUUUAGAACAAUUCUGGAUUAGGAAGACAAUCUUUAUGGCACUAUUUGUUACUCCACAUUUGUGCAUCAUCUUUGCAGCUGUUUGACAGAAGUGUUUCCUGUUUUACAGGGAUAUUAAAAAGAUUUCUGAAAACACAG